UGUUUUCGGUUUUGAUGACAAAUACAUUUUUAUAGAUCCAGAGAUGUUUCGGAGCCUGCUUAUCACGAUCGUGUGUGGAUAUGCAUCGGCCGUUAUUAGUUCAGAACUGGAUCGACACUGGGUGUUAUGGAAGAAGAUGCAUCAAAAAGUCUAUGAACACGAGAUUGAGGAGUUGGGGCGCAGGCAUAUCUGGGAAGGAAACUUGGAAAUGAUUAAUGUACACAACCUGGAAACCUCCCUUGGCCUGCACACAUAUGAGCUGGCCAUGAACCACUUAGGGGACCUGACCACUGAGGAGAUCACAGGCACUCUGAUGGGCACCGUUGUGCCCUCUGGCCUGACCAGGCUUCCUUCCCCCAACUCUAUCGGGGUCAAUGUUUCGCUACCGCCAAUACUGGACUGGAGGAAAGAAGGCCUGGUAACUGAGGUCAAACAGCAAGGUUCUUGUGGCUCUUGUUGGGCCUUCAGCGCUGUUGGGUCUCUGGAAGGGCAACUCAAGAAGAAGAACGGCGCUCUGACGUCCCUCAGUCCUCAAAAUCUGGUGGAUUGCUCCCUUAAGUAUGGAAACCGUGGGUGCCAUGGUGGCUUCAUGGCAAACGCCUUCCAAUACGUGAUAAAAAACCAAGGCAUAGAUUCUGAAGCAGCUUACCCCUACGUCGGCUGGCGUGGUACUUGCAAGUAUAACCCAAAGUAUCGCGCUGCAAACUGCUCAAGCUAUGCCUUCAUCCCGGAGGGUGAUGAGUUUGCACUGAAGAUAGCUCUAGCCAAAAUCGGCCCUAUCUCUGUAGCUAUCGACGCAUCCAGGCCCAAGUUUGUCUUCUAUCGUCAUGGUGUGUACAGGGACCACACCUGCACCCACAACGUGAACCAUGGAGUGCUGGCUGUGGGCUAUGGCACUGAGAAUGGUCAUGACUACUGGCUGGUCAAGAAUAGCUGGGGUGUAACCUAUGGAGAUGAAGGCUACAUCAAGAUGGCUCGCAACAGACGUAACCAGUGUGGCAUCGCUCUCUAUGCUUGUUACCCCAUCAUGUGAUCAGCAGAUGGCCUGAUAUUUAAAUGUGUAUUUUUCAACAGGGGUUGGGACAUUAUUUUUAAUAAACAGUUUGCUCCUUAA